AUGCCUCCACGGAACAACCCCCUCCCCGCCGCCGUCCGCCUCUUCAACUGCACAAUCUGCGACAAAGGCUACCCACGCCAACUCGACUAUGAAAACCACCUCCGCUCCUACGACCACAACCACCGCCAACGACUCGCCGACAUGAAGAAGCUCACAGCUUCCAACGACACCGAGAGCAACAAGCCAAAACAGGGUCUGGAGAUGCGGAGUAUAGAUGUGGAGAACGCGAAUAAGAAGCCGGGGGUUGGGAGUCGGUUUACGAAGAUUGGGGGUGGUGGUAAUGCUGCAGCGGGGACGGCGGGGGGUAGGUUUAAGAAGGUUGGGGUUGCGGUUGGGGGGAAAGAUGCAGUGGAAGAAAAGACGGAGGUGGUGGUGGUGAAGACGGAGGACAUGCCUGAGAAGAGUAUAGAAGUACCGGUUGCGGCUGCGAUGCCUAUUGCAGAGGCCGAAGUCAAAAAGGAAGAGGACACGGUCAUGGCGGAUGAGGGAAAUGCAGACGAGAUUACCUGGGAGGAGUACGACUUCACAAAGCCAACCGGAUGCGACCACGCGAGUUGUACUGGCUGCAAGACAGAUGGCAUCUGGAGUGGAGGAUGGGUGGCUGUGGAUGCUGUUUGA